AUGAAAGUAAUGACUACUCCCGUUAUUGUGGCUAUACAAUACAUCUUCUACUCCACUACUCUACCAUUGAACCAGCUCCUGGCUCUGCUCCCAAUAUGCAUAGGAGUCGGUUUGGCUACAGCGACCAGUGUUCAAGUGAAUCUAUUGGGCAUUACCUUUGGUGUGGCCGGAAUACUCAGCACUAGUCUGUAUCAGAUAUGGGUGAAGACUAAGCAGGAAGAGCUGAAGUGCAGUAGUCAGCAGCUAUUACUGUACCAAGCUCCUCUGUCCAUGAUCAUGCUGCUGUCAGUGGUCCCAGCAGUUGAUGAUGUUCACACUCUACUAGAGUUCGACUGGGGGACCUAUGCUGGUGGUUUGGUGCUAGCCUCCUGCAUCAUGGCCUUCCUCGUGAAUCUAUCUAUAUUCUUGGUAAUUGGUAAGACAUCUCCAGUGUCGUAUAAUGUACUUGGCCAUGCUAAAUUGGUGGUGAUACUCUCUAGUGGCUACCUAGCCUUCGGAGAGCCCUACACUCUGCCGAACCUCAUAGGAGUGUCUCUGGCGGUCCUGGGUAUCGUCAGCUAUACUCAUCUCAAGAUGAACGAACGCAAGGCGCCAGUGGUGGUAGCUAGUAGUAUUGGAAAGAAAGUUGCCGAGUGA